AUGGGGGAGGUGUUAAAGGGUGAAAGCUUUAGAACUAAUUAUGCUGUGAAUUUCAUAUCUAAAGGGGAAAAGUCCAUUUCAUUGCUUCAUUGCUGUUGUAAAUGGAAUAAAAUGAUUACGAAAGAGUUCAUGGAGUUUCAAACCAUGUACAUAAAUACUGUUGAACAGACGAAGAAAAUUUUAAUGGGCUUUAUACUUAUCUAA